GCACGAGAGGCCGUCCAUUCUUGGUUAAAGAAGCCGCUCUCGUAAAAUCGUAAAUCGACUUCAUUGACAUGUGAAGUCGAAGGUGUUUGUUUCCUCGGAGAGCACCGAGACGGCUGCUCGUGCAGCCAGUUGCCGCCUAAAUAAAUUUGAGUAAUCGCGAUGACGUAACAGCCAAAGAAUCCCAAAUCCACACCAGUUUGCGCGAAUAAUAAUGCGCGCUUUGUGUGUGAAAUAAAUAUACGUGUUGUUAAAAUAAAUAUGUGUUAAACUGUUUUGUUUAGAUUUCUUGGUUAUCACCCGGUGUUUGAUACCUAAAGACUUAUUUAAUUUCGAGAAUUAAAAUGUAUCUGUCAACAUUGUAGAAUUUGUCUAUUAUAUUAAUUACAUAUUAAUUUCGAGAAAAUGGCUCUAAAAAUGUCAAUAGAGAUAAUUAGAAUUUUGUAUGAAAGAUGAAUAAAAAUAUAAUUUCUAAGAGAUAUCAUUUAUAUAAAGUGUAAAGAGAUAACAUUUUUCAAGUGAGAGUUAUAUGUAGAGUUAUUUAUUAUCUGCAUAAAAUACAGUGUAUUUUUUAGUUACUGUUAAAGAGCUCUUGUGUAUUAUAUCUUUGAAUAUUCAAGAGCCAUAUACAUAGUGUAACACUGUUACUUAUUGUAAGGCAGCGAUAACUUGAUAAGAGGAAUAUUUUUUAUUCAUGAAAUGAAUUUUUAAACAUCUGUCUUUUAUUCAUUUUUUAUACAUCUCAAUCAAGAAAAAUGGCUGUAUUAAAGAUGUUAAAACGUGUUAUGUGUAAAAACAUUGCAACAUGUGGCUCAAGAUUUGUGGGCAUUAUGGGACCCCUAACAAUCCCACCAUUGCAAAUCGCAACUUUAUAUUAUUUCUGGCAAGAUUAUUCAAGAGUUGUGGAUAAACGAUACUGCUCUUGUUCCUGCUGGGACACUGUAUUUAAAGGCUCAUAUGAAUCUGGUAUCGCUCCUUACAAGCAUAUGUACUUCAAUGCUACUUCAAAUAUGUUGAAAAUAUGGAUGCUUGUAGUCAUUGGAGUGAUUGCAUUUUACGAAACAAUGAAGCACUUGGCAAGACUAGCAAUCAAACAGAGACUCAGACAGUCCAUGAUGCUUCUCUUUUCGACCGCUCUAUUCUCCAACUAUUAUUCGUGGUGGGUUUACAUUAAUUACUGGAAUGACGAUUUCUACUCCCAGUGGUAUCAUCAAUUGUUCUUUUCCGUCACCGAGUUGAUAUCUACUGUCUGGGUCGUUCAUUUGGCGGAUAAAAAAAAUGCUAUAACUCACAGAAAGGCGUUUGGUAUAGCCGCAAUAGCCCUUUUGCACAUUAUGGCCGGUGGAUGGGAUCAGUUCUUCGUGAAUGUCGUUAGAGGAGAGGGCCAUGCACACCAGGUCAUACGCGAUUUGGGAUUCAUGAUUCCGGAUAUUCUUCACGUCGCCGUUCCAUUGUGGUUGAUCAAAUGGGAGAGCAUUUAUAAGAUUCAUCUUCCCAAUUCUUUAGCAUAUAUGUCAAGUAUCGUUGUAAUCGGAUUAUGCAUUUGGUCAUUUUUAUUGUAAUCCGAUGAUAUUGAGAAGAGAGUAUCACCGGUGAUAACAACUUUUUACUUAAUCCCAUUCUUCCUCAAUUCAAGAAUGGCUUUGAAAUUAAUCUACUAUGUUCUUCCUGAAAGGCGGAGUUCUGCGAAAUGUCUGAUUCGGUCUAAAGUAAACACCAAGUCUUUUUGUCCCUGCGAUAAGAUCGAUUGCUAUCGCAGAUAACACGAUAUUUUAUUAACAUUACAAGCAUGUCUCAUAAUAUAUUGUUAAAGAAUGUGUUCUGAAAGCGAUUCGACUGAGCUUGAUUCUGUACCUUAUUGUUAUAUUUAUACAACUCUUUAUAGAACUCGAUUUUAUUUAUUUAUUUAUGAAAUAUUUAUAUUUAUGAUAAGUUAAUGACUUAAGUUUCUAGCAAAUCUUUAUACGAGAUUUGUGCAAACGAAAGAAACCGCAUUAAUAGCCGAAGAUUUAGUUGAUAUUGAAAUCAUCAAAAUUUAGAAUAUGUUAUAGACGGCAAACGAUAGCGUGUCUAAAGUUACUCUAAAUAAAUUUAAAUAUUGUACAUUGCGGACAUAUCACGUAGAUAAUUUAUAUUAACAAGACGUUAUAUCUUGACAGACAAGAUUGUACAACUUACAAACAGUGCUAACCAAAAUUAGUGUCCUAAUUCUCAUAGAAGUUACAAUGCUUAUAAAGUGCCUACACAUAACAUAUUAUUUACAUGAUUAUUGUUAACUAUGGCGAUAAAAAAAUGCGAGUAAAAGCAGUCUUUGUGUAUUUUAACGGCAAAUACUAAGAAAGAGAGAAAGAGAGAGAGAGAGAGAGAAAGAAAGAGAGAUAUGCUUAAAAAAUAUUGGUUUACUAAAGAAAAAAAAUUAAAUCGUAAUAAUUAAUAAUAAUUAAUUUUGCGAAAAUGUUAGUUUUCUAAUGUAAAUAUUAUUUAUAGCACUAAUAUGUUGAUUUCACUUUUAAUCUGAUAAAUAGACAGUUUCUUCGAUUUCUAUAAUCUCUGAUAGUUUAUGUACAAUGUUAUCUAUAUGCAUAUGUAAAGCAGAUAUAUAUAUAUAUAUAUAUAUAUAUAUAUAUAUAUAUAUAUCCUGCUGGAUAAUGUGAAACGAUUAAUGAGCGCAGCUUACAUCAACCAAAGCAUCAAAAGUAACUUUAUCAUUGUAGCGUAUUUAUCGUAGGAUAUAUUUUUCGCUGCAAAGCCAUUCCCAAAAAGUAUUUGAGUAGGUAUGUAAUUGUAAUUCUAGAGAUAAUUAUAGCAUACAUAAAAUCUCGUCACAUAAAAAAGACAAACUAGUAUUACGACGUGUAGAGUAAACGAUUGUGCUAAGUGGUCUAACAAUUGUUAAUUUAAGAAUUCUGAUUCUGAUAGUAUUUUGUUAUCGAAUAUGGAGUGAAAAAGAGAACAGGAGAGAAAUAAAAACGAUUGUCUAAAAUACUGACGAAUUCAGUCAGCAAAAAUAUGUUGGUCCGAUUAAUAAUAAUAAUAAUAAUAAUGCGAAUACAAUAAAGCGGCCUAAUUUCCA